AUGUCCUACACCGUCUACACCACCGAAGAAAUCGGCGAACGCAACCACAUCGCCAUCUACAUCGAAACCAACCCGGAUGCUGCCCCGCAAGUCAUCCGUGGCCGCCUCUACCACGUUGUCGGAACCAUCCUCAUGGGCAUGACCUAUGCGCCCCGCGAUACUCCCGAUCCUGAAUCCAUCCCGGGCCAUGUGCCAGGCUCGAAGAAAGAAAUCGGGACUAUUGCCAAGGAGGAUUUGAUCCGAUUCGAGCAGGAGUGUUGUGAGGUCGUUCCGCCGCCUGCAGCCCAGGUGACUAUUAGUGGGAAGCGAUUGGAUCCGUCGAAGCAGUUGUACCGCUGUGGUGGGUGGGUGGAGGAUGUGAAGAGGAUGGCGUUUGAGAAGGGGCUUUUCAGAGUGUAG